GUGAGUGAUUGCCAAAGCGAGUACAACGCUUACUCUGUUCAUCCGGAGGGAUAUUUAUUCCAUAGAAAUGAAACCGAUGUCUUGUGUCAUCGAGCUUUCAUCGAACCCAGAAACGCAUGCCAAUUCAUCUUCGAUAAGUUAUCACGAGAGAGAAAUCAGUGUACUGCGAAACGCAACACGUUUUGCAAGACGGUAAAAGACGAGAAUGCGAUUGUGAGUUAUGACUGUACAUUCGCUAAGCAAAGAUGUCUAGUAGCUGAAAUUGGUUGGUUGCACCAGAAAAAUGGAAGUGUGAAGUUCACGAGGGUUGAUCCGGAACAUCUAGCGGGUGAACUCGCAGACUUGCACGCGAGUAGAAACUACGACUUUGCUUUUGUCAGAUGCGUGUUACAGGGUUAUGGAAGAUACGUUUCAACCGAAUCGGUUUCAAAGUUCUACGAUAAGAGAUGGCACAAAGGCUCAAAAGAAGAAGAUCGAGAACCUCCAAUUUACGCUGGAAUCAUCAAGCCCAACCGAACGCUGAAGAAUUUCUCUGGCGAGCAGUUAAUUCAGUUUAUACACAAACCACUGAACAGAGGCACGAAUAUAGAUGGCUCUAAGCUCAGCUUCAGCUUCGUAUUUGUGGACUCACUGUCGCGGACUGGCGCUUAUCAGUCGAUGCCAAGAACUAUUGACUUCCUCAAAUCACUCAACAAGAGAACACCAGAACGUGCAUUAGACUACAAGCUGAUGCAUGCCAUAUUUCCAGGCACUUACUGGAACCUCGAAAACCAUUGGAUGGGUGAUAGUGCCCAGAGUCUGAUUAAAGAUGAGUUCUACUACUUCGAGUUCAAAAUCAUGUCUCAGCCGUUCCAGAAGCAAGGCUACGCUGCUGCGUAUUUGCACGAUACUUGCUACCAUUGGCCCUGGAGAACGGAAGCUCGACUGAGCAAACCUAACCGACUGGAGAUGUAUUACAAGGAGUUCAAUAGAAGUGGUUUGAAUACUACAGGGAUAACAUUGGCCACCUGUGAGAUACUGAAAAGGUCCACAGGAGAGUUCAAAGCGUUCACUUCCAAAGAUGUCUGUCAGAAUGGAGACUAUGAGGUAAUGUACCGAUUGGACAAUAUGUACAACAUACAGAGGAACUGGCUGGAUCACGACUACCCGUUCGUCACAUUCAACGAAAUGAACAUUAACCACAACGGGGAUGGAACGAACGUACUCCAUUUAGACCUGCAUCUGAAGAAUUACCUCGAGAAGAUAUCAAAAGAACCCAAUGUAUUGACCAUGGUUUUCUCAGAUCACGGCAACCGAUUUGACCCAGCAUACAUGCAAGAUAAUUUCCCUGAGGGGCAGACAGAUGUUAUGCAUCCGUUUCUGUUCAUGGUUUUGCCAGAGAAUCCAGAACGGUUUUUUGAGCCAGAUGAACUAGAAGCGAUGAAAAUUAACCAGAAUCGGCUGAUAACGCCAAGAGACGUGCAUUACAUAGCGAGAAAAUUCCGAGAUCCGAACACUCGGCUGAAUGAAAAACGAGGACUGUUGGCGGUUAUAAGUAAAAACAGAACUUGUGCGAAUUUAACAUUCACGAAAGGGAACUUUUUCUGCAUCUGCGAACCAGCCAUUAACGAGUCUUUCAAUAUGGAGGAUAAAGACAUAGAGGUUGUUGUAAACUACUCGCGUGCCCACUUGAAUACACAGAGAAAUACAGUACACUGUCAAUACAUGGACUUGGCUCGCUGGGGAAACAAACCGUUCAAACUAUUUCCGAAUAAGACGAGGAAUGAGCCGUCCAUUAUCAAAGUGAGACGACAGGGUCCGUACGGAGGCAGCAAGGAGACCAGCCCGGUGUCAGGGGACCCCAACAACCCCCCUCUCAAUUGCACUGUGUCCGUGUCCCUCUCUCUGUACUCGUUCAACAUGCAGAGGGAGACUGCCAUUCUGGAUUCACACGAAUCUUUUGAUGGCACGGGAAAGAUUUGUCUAGAAAAAGACGUUUACGAUGAAGAUAUGCCGUUCGGUGUGACAUUUGAAGCGGUUCCCGACACUCUUCACAAAACAAUAAACACUGACGCCACCGCCCCCCUGGAUUGCAGCAAGUGGGGGGACCUCACGACAGCAGAUAGCACGGAAGGGGGAUGCUCUUCCUCUCAGAAUAUUUAUCGAGUUAAGAGCAUAGAAGACAACUCAGUGGCGUCUAACUCGACACUCUUGUCGCCAGGAGAUCAGCUCAUUUCAAUCAAUGGACAAAAGUCAGAAGUGUUCCAAUCGUGUGACGAGCUGAACGAAUACGUGAGGAAGUGUGAACAGAAGCUGGAAAUGGAAGUGAAGUACCACGUGCCUUCUAAGCUGCCGAAUAAGGUCAACAACAACGACAACAAAAACAGCAUCAGCAGCAACAACUGCAGUGUUAGGGUGAAGAGUGUGGAGUUAUUGCUGGAGCGAGACAAGUUCGGAUAUGGAAUUGUAGUUCGGGGUGGAUUCAAUGAAGAUACUCUUAAGUGCAGACCCAUCACUGUGACCUACACCAGACAGAACAGUCCCGUAGACACAGACGGAACCAUUCGACCGGGAGACCGAAUAGUUGCUGUGAACGGAUUUGACCUCAGUCAGAGUUCAGUGCCAGAAGUGAAUGAUCUUCUAAUCGAAAGUGGAGGUCAAGCCAUGCUCACGGUCGAGUACGACUGCUCCGUCAUCGAGUCAGUGAAGAAUGCUCAAGGUGCUCUUCUGGUGGAGUUGGGACCCACUUCCUACUCCCGCCUGGGUCUGUCUCUCUCCUCCUUCCCCUCCCCCCGAGGGGGGCACGUCGUAUUCGUAGACGCCAUCAGACCAGCAUCGGUCGCAGACAGAUGUGGAGCUCUGCACGUUGGAGAUCAAAUCCUGUCUGUCAACGGCAUGGAAGUUUCCGGGCUGCCAAUUAGUCAAAUCAUUUCACUCAUCGAAAUGUCUUCGCAUAAUCAACAAGCCCUGAUGAGGACGACUAAAAGUGUGAACGAGUUUGGCGCAGUAGUGCGAGACAACAGGAACCCUCAGAAUUCUGAAUUUAUGACCAGAAUCGAGAUUUUACCAUCUAGAUAUGCUCGUAGGUGGAAUGGUGUCAUGUCAACUUCGAGCACAGCUAAUUCGUUAGUAUCCACCGGCCGUAAUGGUAGGCCUCCCGGAACGCCCAGUCACGUGAGCGAGCGGCGGCGUGACAUGCACACGGCAGCCUUGUCCCGAAGUAUGUACUCGAGCAGCAGCAGGUCUCUGCCCCCUCCCCCUCAGUGGCAGAGGAACAGGCUAGGCUGUGUGGGCGGGGCUAAUAGUACAGUGGGUAGUAUUGGUUCCCUUGUCUCCAAUAUGUCUUCUCUGAGUUUGCCCUUCAUGAUCAGCAGAAGCGAAAGUACAACUGUACAAAUCAAUGCCCAGAAUCACCCCAGCGGCUUUGGCUUCUCGCUCUACAGCUUCGAGAGCUACCCGAGCGAACCCCUGCGGACCCAUCCAGUCAUAGACUAUGUCGAGCCAGAAGGACCAGCACAGCUGACAGGACUGGUUCACGCCGGCGACCGGGUCGUAUCCGUGAACGAUGUCAGCACUCUCAACUUGACCUUGAAGGCCAUUAACCAAUUAUUAAAGGAGAAUCAAGGAAGUGUGAGUUUGAGGACGGAGUUUGACGUCGCAGAGACUGUAGUUCCGUCCAGUGGGUGUUUCACAGUGAAACUGGCAAAGUGUGGAAACAGAAUCGGCUUCCGACUUUACUCAUCGCCUUACAGACGAAGUGGAGAGUGCCUGGUAAUUCUUGAAGUGGUGCCUGGAUCAGUGGCUCAUAGAACUGGAACCAUCUCGCCUGGAGACAGACUCCUCUCCAUCAAUGGAAUCUCACUCGCAAACAAAGCAGUCGAAGAAGCCUACAACAUCAUGAGGUCAACGAAGGAGAAUGUGGUGACGUUGUCACUAGAGAAAGACGACGAGUUCUCGGAGCAUGGUCCGAAUGCGCACAACAUGUACUCGGUCGAGCUCAGACCCAACUCGGGCAGACUGGGCAUCACAUUGAGUGGGAGUGAGGAACCAUUCGACCCCAUCCUCAUUGCAGCCAUAGAGUCCGGAUCUGUAGCCGACAGGAUUGACGUUUUACAUGUGAAUGAUCAACUUGUCGAAAUAUGUGGGUGCAGCCUUCGAGGUAAAACAGUGAAAGACGCAGUGUCCAUGCUACAGAGAGCAAGAGGCUCGGUCCAACUCAAGAUACUCCGCAAGUUCGACCACUCCCAUUCCAACCAGGAAAGUGGCUUCUCAUCCAUGAAAAGUGCCCAGUCAGAGAGUCCUCAAGAUGACGUGUUGUCCCAAGACAGUACUGUGUCUAGUCCAAAUGACACCCCUAGGAAGAGGAGAGUCAUGGAUAAGUUGGGGGAGUUGAGUCAGGUGCAUCAUGGUCAUGGGCAUCUCAGCAAUCACACUCACUUGCCCGAACCAAUAAUUGUGAACGGAAAUUUGAUCACACCCGAGCGACUGAGCAACGGAAACCACGACUCAUCCCUCCUCGCCAGCACAACCCCCCAAAAGAUGUCAUCUCAUACCUCCUACUCCGAAAAACCGAAGACUAACUCGACUCUCUCACGAAUAAAUACAAUGAGUUCGGAUAAAACCCGAGGUAGUGAUUCGUCGAACCACGAGAGCGGCUCGAACGGAAGUUCGACUACGGAAGUGAAACGAAUCAGUUUGCAGAAGAGUGCGAAGUAUAGGGAUUUUGGAUUCAGUGUUUCAAACGGAGACGGGGGCUCAGGAAUCUUCAUCAACAGUAUCAGACAAGGAGGGUUGGCUCAAUCAGGAGGCUUGCUCCCCAUGGACAAGGUAUUACAGAUCAAUGACAUGAAAUUACCAGAAAACGUGGUAUGCGAAAACGUGGUCCCACUAAUAGCUAACUCGGGUCCACGAGUCGACAUUGUCAUCGAGCGUCGUGUGAGCAAAUCGACCACUUCGUCUAUAAAUUCAAGGUCACCGAGUAACGGAAAAGCAUCGCCGAAUGAAUUGAGAAAACAAAGGAGCGCCAGUAGCCCUAACAAUGCAUGCUCGCCGAAUAAAGCGAGCAAUGAUUUCAAGGGAAAUUUGAAGGCGGCCGUUCCUGACUAUGCUAAUAGUGUUAGCAACCAAUUUUACGACAAACUUCACUCAUCAAAACCGGGACACGUGAAGUGAAGAAAGAUUUUGAAAAAAUCAACUCGGUUCCAAGAAAAACUCUUUCAAAGCGUGAUUUUCUAUUUAUAAAUUGUCUAUUUUGUCUUAGAGUUCAUUUUACUGAUUGUUAGGGAGAAAAUAUUUUACUUCGC